AUGACUUGUGGCGUUUCAGGAUCCUUACGGUCAGGCGUUGUAACACUGACAGAACCUGCCAUAUUUUCCAUUCGUGAUCAGCUCAUUCUAAGAUGCGAAGACGGAAACUCGACGCUGUAUAUGACCUCUACAGAAUACGACCAGAUUCCAACGGUAGAGUUCGAGGACAAUUGUUUUUCUCGUGCAGUUAGAAACUACUGUCCAGAAACCAACGGUAGAAGAGUUCCGAAUAUUGCACAUUACGUUUGGUUUGGUAUAAAGAACAUGACUUUUUAUCAGCUCGUGAGUUUCAUCAGCGUACACAGAUUCCAGAAUCCAUGUAUGAUACUUGUUCACGGAGAUGUCAUCCCCGCAGGGCCAUACUGGAAGUACUUGAUUCGUCGUGUACCUACUAUAAUUCACGUUCACAUGACGCCACCACACCGAGUCAGAAACGGAAAAGUUCUUGGUAGCAUGACCCACAAAUCGAAUAUAGCUAGACUGAUGGUGCUGAAAGAAUACGGCGGUGUAUACCUGGACCUUGACACAAUCCUGCUCCGCUCUCUAGUUCCGUUGAUGAACUACCCGGUCACCAUGAGCCUGGAAUAUGAGUCGAACCUUUGGAAUGGCUUGAUUGUAGCUGAACGAGAUCCUGUGUUCAUACGUCAGUGGAUUACCCUUUUUCAUGACCUCUACUAUUUUGAUCCGAAUAAGUACUUUGAAUUUUCUUUGUUCUUGCCAACUAGGAUUGCAAAAGCACAUCCAUCUUGGAUACACAUUGAAAACAUGACAUUCUGCACGCCUAAUGGAAUGAACUUGAACAAAAUCUUCAAGGAGAAUUAUGACUGGAAACAGAACUAUGCCAUGCAUUUGUACAUACGAUAUUACAAGGAAAAUGAUGACGUCAUAACUGUGCGAAGGUUUAACUCAACAAUCGGUGCGCUUGCGCGCUUUGUUUUGUACGAUACAAAGGCACUACUGACAAAUUAAUCAUGUUUAUUAGAAAA